AUGUAUCUCCACCAAUACGAUUACGUCUUUGCCAUCGGCACAUUGUUUGCAAUGCUUGAUGCAUUCAACAAUGGUGCAAACGAUGUUGCCAACUCCUGGGCUACCAGUGUUUCCUCCCGAUCUAUCUCAUAUCGCCAGGCUAUGGUCCUCGGUACAAUUUUCGAAUUCGUCGGAGCUAUCGCUGUCGGUGCCCGUACCGCUGAUACUAUCAAGAACGGUAUCAUUCCCAACGAUGUCUUCAAGGACAACCCAGGUGUUCAAAUGCUUGCCUUCACAUGUGCCCUUGCCGCUGCAUCCUCAUGGGUCAUGUGGUGUACCAAGAACUCCGCCCACGUCUCCUCCACCUACUCUCUCAUCUCCGCUGUUGCCGGUGUCGGUGUUGCGACUGCUGGUGCUUCCAAGGUUCAGUGGGGCUGGAACGAUGGUAAGGGUCUCGGUGCUAUCUUCGCUGGUCUCGGCAUGGCCCCCGCCAUCUCCGGCUGCUUUGCCGCCAUCAUCUUCUCCUUGAUCAAGUACACUGUCCACGUGCGCAGAAACCCUAUCCCCUGGGCCGUCUGGACUGCUCCUUUCUUCUUCCUUGUUGCUGCCACCGUUUGUACCGUCUCCAUUGUGUACAAGGGUUCCCCCAGCCUCGGCCUGAGCAAGAAGCCCGCCUGGUAUGUGGCUGCUGUCACUAUGGGCACUGGUGGCGGUGUCUGCCUUCUGUCUGCCAUCUUCUUCGUUCCUUUCCUCCACGCUCGCGUGAUCAGGAAGGACCCCAGUGUCAAAUGGUGGAUGGUCAUCCAGGGCCCUCUCCUCUUCAACCGCCCCAUGCCCACCGAUUCCGAGGUCUCCACGGUCCCCAACUACGCUGUCGUGCAACAUGAUGAUGAUGAAGACACCCACCUGCCCAUCGAUGAGAAGGAGCCCAGGACCGGUGUUGCCUCCAUCCCCAGCUCUACCGAGGAGCGAUCCGUUGAGAAGCUCGAGGCCAACCAGCCCAGCUACCGUGAACUCAUGGACCAGUCCGAGGCCCGUCACAACGCCAAGCUCCUCCGAAGCCGUGGUCCCAUUGGCUGGGCUAUGCGCCUUCUCCGCGACAACCCUCUGGGCCCCGGUGAGAUCUACGAGGUCCGCAACAUGAUCAUCACUCUUAAGCGCAUCCCCGCCCACAUCACUGUCGCUCUUCUCUACGGUUUCCACUACGAUAUCCACUCCGCCCAGUCCGGUAACGAGGGUACUCCCGAGGGUGAGCGCAUGAAGCGUGUCUACGCCAACGCCGCCAAGUACCCCAACGAGGUCGAGCACACCUACUCUUUCAUCCAGAUUAUCACCGCUUGCACUGCCUCCUUCGCCCACGGUGCCAACGAUAUCGGUAACUCCGUCGGCCCCUGGGCUGCCAUCUACUCCGCCUGGUCCACCGGUGAUUACGUCGGUGCCAAGUCCCCCGUUCCUAUCUGGCAGCUCGCUGUUAUGGCCGGUUGCAUUUCCAUCGGUCUUUGCACUUACGGAUACAACAUCAUGAAGGUCAUGGGUAACAAGAUCACCUACCACUCCCCCUCCCGCGGUUCCUCCAUGGAGAUGGGUGCCGCCAUCACCGUCCUGGUCUUCUCCCAGUACUCCCUGCCCGUCUCCACCUCCAUGUGCAUCACUGGUGCCACUGUCGGUGUCGGUCUGUGCAACGGAACCCUCAAGGCCGUCAACUUCCAGCGUGUCGGUCUCUUGUUGUUUGCUUGGAUCAUGACCAUCCCCAUCGCUGGUACCCUUGCUGGAUGUCUUAUGGGAAUUGUCCUCAACGCUCCCCACUGGCUCCCCAUCACUGCAACCGCUGCUACCGCCGCUGCCUAA